GACCGCUCUCUGGCCGUCAUGGCGGCGGUCGCGGGCCGCGCCGGGGCCUGGCUGUGCCUGUGGGCCGCGCUCCUCGCCCCGGCUCCGGCCGCCGCCGUCUACGAGGACCAAGUGGGCAAGUUUGACUGGAGACAGCAGUAUGUGGGGAAACUCAAGUUCGCCUCCUUGGAAUUUGCCCCGGGAGCCAAGAAGCUGGUGGUGGCCACGGAGAAGAACGUGAUGGCGGCUUUGAAUUCCCGCACGGGGGAGAUCUUGUGGCGCCAGGUGGACAAGGGCAGCGCGGAAGGGACGAUCGACGCCAUGCUGCUGCAAGGGCAAGAUGCGAUCACCGUGUCCAACGGAGGCCGGAUCCUCCGUUCCUGGGAGACCAACAUCGGAGGCUUGAACUGGGAGACGACGCUGGAGUCCGGCAGUUUCCAGAUGGCCAACCUCGUGGGCCCGCAGGAUGCCGUGAAGUACGUCGCGGUGCUGAAGAAGACCUCGCUGGCCCUCUAUCACCUCUCCCACGGGCACCAGAAGUGGGUGGAGCACCUUCCGGAGAGCGACUCGGUCCGGUACCAGCUGGUGUAUUCACGUGGCACCGGGGCGGUGCAGGUCCUGGGAGCCGUCCCCCAGAGCCACGUGAACAUCUUGACCUUCAGCGUGGAAGACGGAGAGGUCAUUCGGCAGGUCCAGGUGGUGACCCCGUGGCUAAGGGGGCUGAAGGGGGCGUGUGGCGUGGUGGACGAAGCCGUGCUGGUGUGCGCCGACCCCGGAACCCGCUCCCUCUACACCUCGGCCUUGGAGACGGAGACGGAGACGAAGCAAGUCCCGCUGAAGACCCUCGAGCUGGACCUCCGGGAUGGUUUCCAACCCCGGAUCGUGGCCACCCAGCCCAACCUGGCAGCCGCCUCCCGGGCCCAGUUCUUCGUCCAGCUGUCCCCGAGCCGGUUCGCCCUCCUCCAGUACCGCCUCGGGGGCCUGAGCCUGCUCCGCGACUUCCCGCAGGCUGCCCUGGUGAGCUUCGCCACCACCGGAGAGAAGACCGUAGCCGCCGUCGUGACCUGCCGCGGCGAAACGCAGAAGGCCGGCAGUGCCGAGGACGGACUGGCGGACAGUGCUCCGGACCUGCAGAGCGCCCAGGACUCUCCGGCCUGUCCCAACCGGACCUACAGCAUCAACCUGUACCUGGUGGAGACGGGCCGCCGGCUGCUGGACACGACCAUCGCCUUCGGCCUGGAGCGGAACCGAGCCCGGCCGGAGCGACUGUACAUCCAGGUGUUCCUGAAGAAGGACGACUCGGUGGGCUACCGGGCCCUGGUGCAGACGGAAGACCACGUCCUGCUGUUCCUGCAGCAGCUGGCGGGGAGAGUGCAGCUGUGGAGCCGUGAGGAGUCGCUGGCCGAGGUGGUGUGCCUGGAGAUGGUGGACCUGCCUUUGACUGGGGCCCAGGCUGAGCUGGAGGGAGAAUUUGGCAAGAAGGCAGCCGUUCAAGACGGCCUGCUGGGGAUGUUCCUGAAGCGCCUGUCCUCCCAGCUCAUCCUGCUGCAGGCCUGGACCGCCCACCUCUGGAAGAUGUUUUACGACGCCCGGAAGCCCCGCAGUCAGAUCAAGAACGAGAUCAACGUCGACAACCUGGCCAGAGACGAGUUCAACCUCCAGAAGAUGAUGGUGUUGGUCACCGCCUCGGGCAAGCUCUUCGGCAUCGAGAGCGGCUCCGGCACCAUCCUCUGGAAGCAGUACCUGCCUGACGUGAGGCCGGGGGCCUCCUUCAAGCUGGUCGUCCAGAGGACCACGGCUCACUUCCCCCACCCGCCCCAGUGCACCCUCCUGGUCAAGGACAAGGAGUCUGGCCUCAGCUCCCUGUACGUCUUCAACCCCAUCUUUGGGAAGUGGAGUCAGGUGGCGCCCCCGGUUCUGAAGCGCCCCAUCUUGCAGUCUUUACUGCUGCCCAUCAUGGACCAAGACUACGCCAAAGUACUGCUGCUGAUCGACAGCGAGUACAAGGUGACGGCCUUCCCAGCCACCAGAAACGUCCUGCGCCAGUUACGAGACCUCGCUCCUUCCAUCUUCUUCUACUUGGUGGAUGCGGAGCGAGGGAAGCUGUCCGGAUUUAGGCUGCGGAGGGAUCUGACGACGGAGCCGAGCUGGGAGCUGACCAUCCCGCCGGAGGUGCAGCGGAUCGUGACGGUGAAGGGGAAGCGCUCCGGCGAGCACGUGCACUCCCAGGGCCGCGUGAUGGGGGACCGCAGUGUGCUCUACAAGAGCCUGAACCCCAAUCUGCUGGCCGUGGUGACGGAGAGCGCGGACCUGCACCACGAGCGCACCUUCGUCGGCAUCUACCUGAUCGACGGCGUCACCGGCCGCAUCGUCCACUCCUCGGUGCAGAAGAAAGCCAAGGGCCCCGUCCGCAUCGUGCACUCGGAGAACUGGGUGGUGUACCAGUACUGGAAUACGAAGGCUCGGCGCAAUGAAUUCACGGUGCUGGAGCUGUACGAGGGCACAGAACAGUACAACGCCACGGCCUUCAGCUCCCUGGACCGCCCUCAGCUGCCUCAGGUUCUCCAGCAGUCGUACAUCUUCCCCUCGUCCAUCAGCGCCAUGGAGGCCACCAUCACCGAGCGUGGCAUCACCAGCCGCCAUCUGCUCAUCGGACUGCCCUCUGGGGCGAUUCUCUCCCUCCCAAAGGCCCUGCUGGAUCCUCGCCGACCCGAGAUCCCCACGGAGCAGAGCAGAGAGGAGAACCUGAUCCCGUAUUCCCCGGACGUGCAGAUCCACGCGGAGAGGUUCAUCAAUUACAACCAGACCAUCUCCCGCAUGAGGGGCAUCUACACCGCUCCCUCGGGCUUGGAGUCCACCUGCCUGGUCGUGGCCUACGGGUUGGACAUCUACCAGACGCGAGUCUAUCCGUCCAAGCAGUUCGACGUGUUGAAGGACGACUACGACUACGUGCUGAUCAGCAGCGUCCUCUUCGGCCUGAUCUUCGCCACUAUGAUCACCAAGAGGCUGGCCCAGGUGAAGCUGCUCAACCGGGCCUGGCGGUGAGGAGCGCGACGCCGCGGGCGGGGAAGAAGGAAGUCCGAGGGCGACCCCGUCCGUCCCCAGUGGGGAGCCGCCGUUGGGAUCGCCGGGAGUUGACGGAUCGGGACGACCGCGGAGCUCAUCUCCGGUGGGGUCUGUGGGAGCCCCGGCCGGCUCGGAAGAGAGGACGCGCUCGUCGGCGAGAAGACCCACCCCGGGGUUCCCCGUGGACGGAGAUCGAUCGCAGACCUCUGCUGUCCCGUUAGACCUGUGGAUUUUUUCCCCACCCCUCUCAGCUCCCGGUCUUCCCCCUUGCACUCUCUCCCCGGCCGCGUCCCUCUCUUUUCACUCCUCUUCAGUUAUUCCACGGGGGGGGGGGGCCGGGCGGAGAAGGGAGGCCGGGCAGAUCCCGGCCCUCUCCCCUUCCCCGGCGGCUCACUCCCUCGCCCUCCCGGAUGUUCCCUACUCCUCUUCCCCGAGAAUCCUCGGUAGGGAGGAAGUCCUCGAAUCGGAACCCCCGCUUGUUCAGAAACCCUCAUAGUAAGUGCAUUAGCUACCGCCCGGUGGGGAUGGGAAUGGGAAAAAAUUGAUCCGCUCAAAAAGAGGCAUUGACCCCACCCUCCGAUUUCUCUCUCCCCGCCGGGGAAUCGGGAGGAAGGCAAGCGCGUUGAUUUUACGCCGUUUACUUAUCGGGGCCUAAAGUUUCUUUCCAUCAUUUUUUAUUUAUUGCGGUCAGCCCAUCCAUUUUUUUCAUCUUUCCCUACUCAAAUGUCAGACUCACAGAUCUAUCCCGCGGAGCUUACUCCCCAGCAGGCCGAGAGAGGACUCCUCGGCGGAACCUCGCCGGCCGCUCCCUCGCCCGAAACGUUUUGGAGAAGAAUCCGUCGGUAGAGAAUCCGGUCCCUCCGUGGUGGAGAGGAUCAUUCCGGGGACCCUGAAGUUGAUUUUCUGGGUCGAGGUUGCCCGCGUCCCUGCGACCGGGUCUUUAAAUCCCAAACCAGCUUCGCCGAUCCUCUCGGCUCCCCCCGUCGAGUCGUCUCCUCGGGCAGCCUGCGGGGCUGGCGAGAGAAGAACUCCUCUCCGCUGCUUCCUAGCUCCAGAGAGAGAGGGGCUUGGUCUAGUUCUUUUAUUUUGGUUUUUUUCCUCCCCAAGGAGAGGCGGGUGUGCGGCCUGAGAUUGGGUAGGGGGUGUCUGUCUCAGCUCCGUUGGUGGAAGUGAUGCGUCGGGUGGAUCCGAAUAAAAACGAUGGAUCGAACGGC